AUGAAAGCAAAAGUAUGCUCAAGAGGACACUGGAGACCAACAGAAGAUGCUAAACUCAAGGAGCUUGUUGCCCAGUUUGGUCCACAAAACUGGAACGCGGUAAUUAAUGUUGCGUCUUUGACUUCAGGCAAGAGUUGUAGAUUGCGAUGGUUUAACCAGCUAGACCCAAGAAUAAACAAGACUGCCUUCACCGAGGAAGAAGAGUUAAGGCUUUUAGCCGUUCACCGAGCCUAUGGCAACAAGUGGGCUUUGAUCUCACGUCUCUUCCCUGGCCGGUCAGAUAACGCUGUCAAGAACCAUUGGCACGUCAUCAUGGCUCGACGGACUAGAAAAAGUCAACGACAACGUCAUCAGCCUCCUCAGGCACCGUCAGGAAACGCUGAAAUGGCAGUCUCUUCCCCGUAUAAUCAAGGCGAUGAGUUCUUCGGUACGGUGGUGAAUGGUACUUUCGUCAAUGAAGAAGAUGAUGACGCUGACGAUGACGAUGCUUCAGCUGUCUCUACUUGUCCGACGGAGCUAUCUCUCACUCCGCCUUCUUCAACUCACCAGCUUGGCUUCUUCAAUUACGAUAAUACCCUCGCAUCAGAAAUACAAAUGGAAGACGUAGAGAAGCUCCAAUUUCCAGCUUUAGACAUCACUGGUACCAACUACAUUUCAUGGAUUACAAAUGUUGAACUUCAUCUUGAAUCUCUUGGUCUAUCCCAGACCGUUAAAGAGAAUAAUACUUCAACGCCUCAAGAAAAGGCUAAAUCGGUGAUCUUCCUUAGAAGACACCUUGAUGAAAGUAUUAUUUAUGACUAUGCCAACAUGAGAGACCCUAAAGAGCUAUGGAAGUCUCUGAAAGAUCAUUUUGAUCAUCAGAAAGACAUAACACUUCCACUUGCUCGGGAUGAAUGGCAGAGUCUGAGAUUCCAAGAUUUCGACAAAGUGAUGAAUUACAAUUCUGAUGUGUUAGGAAUUGUGGCUAAAUUGAGAUACUGUGGUGAAACGAUCACCGAAUCUCAAAUGCUUGAGAAGACAUACACCACAUUCCACAAGAGCCACAUCACCCUGCAACAACAAUACAGGUUGCGGGGAUAUACCAAAUUUUCGGAAUUGAUUGUAGCUCUUCUCAUAGCAGAAAAGAACAACGAGCUUCUGAUCAAGAAUCACAUGACCCGUCCAACUGGUUCUAAACCGUUUCCUGAAGCAAACGCAUUUGAUGCGAAGAAACCACUAAGGGAAAAUAAUACCUUUCGGGCUCGCGGUCGCGGUCGUCAAAACUACCGUGGACGACGACGAAAGUACAAUCCAAAAAAUAGGAAGUCAUUCCAGUGGGUCCGCUCUGAACAAACCCCUAAGGGAAAAGAACACCAAGGAAAUACCUCCCAGAAGCGAGAAGAAGUUUGUUUCAGAUGCGGUACUAAGGGACACUGGUCUCGUUUAUGUCGUACCCCUGCACACCUUUGUGCUCUAUACAAGGAGUCCGUCAAAGGGAAAGAAAAAGAAGUAAACUUUGCGGAAAACUCUCAGGGUACAACGCACCUCGAUGCGUCUGACUUUGUGAAUGAUUUCGAAGAGACCGCUAUCACGGAAGCUUAAGUGCCCAUCAUGUGACUCUUGAAAUUCCACAAUUAUACCAUAAAUAAUUGUUGUUUGUGAAAGAUUAAUGUAUAAUUAUUGUGUGUGUUUUCACCUUUUUAUGUAUAAUUAUUGUGUGUUUAAUGUUU